UUUGUCAUCUAGAGACUGAAUCAGUGUGUGGUAGACAAACACACGGAUCACAGGCAGGAGAGCACACAGCUGAGUGCUCCUUUUGACUUAUUACCAGUGCGGACACAAAGGAGGGACUCAGGGAUUCUGUCUUCAAAGCCGUCAGUAUGAGUGUAAUCAACUAUUCAAUGGAAAUCACAAAUUUGUCCAGCAGUUUGUGGCUCCAUGAAGACUCCUUGAGCUCCCAGAACAAAACCUUUGUAGACUUUUAUCUCCACAAGGCCUCCAUCGCUGCAGUUUUCACCAUAUCCUACCUCUUCAUCUUCCUCAUUUGUAUGGUGGGGAAUGGGAUAGUGUGUUUCAUAGUUCUCCGGAGUAGGAAUAUGCGCACUGUCACAAACCUCUUCAUUCUCAACUUGGCCAUCAGUGACCUAUUGGUGGGCAUUUUCUGCAUGCCAACAACACUAGUGGACAAUAUUAUCACAGGUUGGCCUUUUGGAAGUGUAGUGUGCAAACUAAGUGGAAUGGUCCAAGGGAUUUCAGUAUCAGCAUCUGUAUUCACUCUGGUGGCCAUUGCUGUUGAUAGGUUCCGCUGCAUUGUUUACCCUUUUAAACAGAAGCUGACCAUUGCUACCUCUAAGAUGAUUAUAGCUAUUAUCUGGGUCUUGGCAGUCUUCAUCAUGUGUCCCUCGGGGGUCAUGCUGCAAGUCACUAAGGAGAAGAACUUCCUCAUUGUUUUGGGCCAUAACAACAGCACACGUCCUUUCUACUGGUGCAGAGAAAAUUGGCCCAACCAGGAGAUGAGAAAAAUCUACACUACUGUGCUUUUUGCCAACAUAUAUCUGGCUCCGCUCAGCCUUAUUGUUAUCAUGUAUGCUCGUAUUGGUUUCAUCCUCUUCAAUACAGCCAUACCACCGCUGAGAGGAAGCAGGAUUGAAAAUGAGAAUGGCAGUGCAAAGAAGAAAUCAAGCACAGACAGUCGUCACACUAUAACAAGGAAGAAAAAGCGUGUAAUUAUGAUGCUUUUGGUUGUGGCUCUCCUCUUUAUCCUAUCCUGGUUACCAUUAUGGACACUGAUGAUGCUGAGUGACUAUGCCAGCCUGACUGAACACCAGUAUCGAAUUAUAAACAUCUAUGUAUAUCCUUUUGCGCACUGGCUGGCCUUCUCCAACAGUAGCAUCAACCCAAUAAUCUACGGUUUCUUCAAUGAGAACUUUCGCAGAGGCUUCCAAGCGGCUUUCAAGUUCCAGUUGUGCACAGGGGACAUGGAGAGGCAGAGGUCCAAAUCCAUCCGUAUCCAUAGGAAUGCUGUGCUACCCCUGCAGCCUCCGACAGGCAACAAGUCCGAAACAGAAAUGCAUGACAUGACAGCCAUGUUUGGCAAUGGGAAUUGCCCAUUUCAGAAUAAAAAAUGUUUGUCUGUGAAAAGUGUACAGACAAAUCAGGAUCUGAUUAUGGAGAAUCUGGAAAAGGUGUCUCAGAUUUAAGAAUUGAAACAAGAAAAAUAAAAAAUGCACUGUAGCAUAAUGUGGCAUGUACUUGUGAAAUACUUGAUCAGAUGUUUAGUUGAGACAAAAAAAUCUCAGUUUUACUAUAUGUCUAAUAUGUCUGUUUUCCAAUAUAUUAUUUGCUAGAUGAAGAGGCAUUUAAAGAAUUGCAUUAAUACAGAGUUAUGUUAAGGCCUUUCAAUACAAGUCGAAGCAUUUCAGUCAGAGCUGUAUCUGCUAGGCUGUACAGAGAGACUUUCCCAGGCAAAGAGCAUGUUGAGUGUCGUAUUCUUGAAAAUGCAGCACAAUAUACAUAUGUAAUGAGAUUGGGAAAAUAAAUCUGAAAACAUU